CUGAGUAAUUCACUUUCAUCUUCCAUCUUGCACAGGUCAUGCCAUUGAAGGGAUUCCUGAGGUACCCUUGGUGGUGACAGACAAGAUCCAGGAAUUCAUCAAGACAAAGCAAGCUGUCAUGUUCCUCAAGAAGAUCCGGGCUUGGGAUGAUGUGGCCAAGGUUUAUAACUCCAAGCGAUUCCGAGCUGGCAAAGGAAAGUUGAGGAAUCGCAGGCGAAUUCACAAGUUGGGACCGCUCGUCGUUUACGAUCAGGAUCAGGGGCUGAGGAAAGCCUUCCGAAACAUUCCUGGGGUGGAAUGCAUUGAUGUGAUGAAAUUGAACCUUCUGAGAUUGGCCCCUGGAGGACAUGUAGGUCGUUUUUGCAUCUGGACUGAGAGUGCCUUCAAGAAGUUGAAUGAUAUCUAUGGAACCUGGACCAAACCAUCUACUUUGAAGAAGGGCUAUAACCUUCCUAUGCACAAGAUGAAAACUACUGACCUGGCUCGCCUCAUCAACAGUGACGAGAUCAAGGCAGUUACUCGAAAGCCUAGGAGGAAAAUGAUGAGGCACAAAAUCAAGCCAAAUCCAUUGAGAAACCUGAGGGUGAUGCUUAAAUUGAAUCCUUAUACGGCUGUAGUAAAACGUAAUGCCAUUUUGUUGGAGGAGAAACGCAAGAAGGAGAAGGAGGACUUGCUUGCCAAGAAGCGAGGGGUAAGAGAAGCAAAACUGCCAGUAGAAGAAGACAAACUAAAGAAAAAGCGGUUGGAGAUGAAACGCAAGGCACGAGCUAAGGCUGGUGCCCCUAAGAAGGCCAAAAAGACCGGCAAGAAGCCUCCGACAAAGGCAACUGGCAAGAAGCCUGCGGCAAAGCCGGCUGUCAAGAAAUAAAACUCCUAUCUGUUCAGCUGGAGGGAAUUGAAUUAUUCAAAGAUCAAUAAAGAGGAAAAUUAAAUGGAAA